CGACUCAAAGUUACUAUAGACAUUACGUAAGUUACUUUAGACACGCAGAUAAAUAAAAAGUUGUUUAGUGUGUUUACUGGUUUAAAUAGUCAAUUACAUAAAAUUCCGCAAACAAAAGAUUACCGGAAACUAAAAAUCGUUAGAAAACUGAAAAAUGUUAGAAAACUCUAAUUAUGAUCGCAAACUGAUCAGCUAAAAUGAUUAUCAAUAUUGACCUCAUAAAGAUUAUUUUUCUACCGAUUAAGGCAUCAUUCGUGUAUUCAAUAUUAUACAAUAUUAUAUAAUAAAUGAUUCAUACAUGCAAUAAGCAAUUAUUUAUUUUAUCGUUUGAAUUCUUAUCGAAAAAAAAACAUCAUCAUCGAUCAUAUUUUUUUUGACUUUUUAAGAUGCAGAAUAAUUUUUCAGUUAUAAGCGGAAAUCAAAGAGGAUCUAUAGUAAUGUCAGCUCUAAACGGAAAUCAAAGAGGAUCCGUGGUUAUGUCAGCAAUAUCUCCAAUGUUAAUGAUUCCAACUUUAUCAAAACUUGAGAAGAGUCCAAGUUUGCGUAGAAAAAACGAGAAAAAAGUCGAACAUUCAACAAUCGAGUCAAACGUUGAUAACUUUAAAGAUGCAAAUUUCGAUAAAAGUUUAAAAGAAAAUGAUAUGAGAAAAAUUAGCAAUAAGACAAGAGAAUGUAAUAUUAUACUUUUAGGAGAUCUGGAAAUUGGUAAAACUGCGUUUGCAGUUCGUUUUGUAACAAGACGGUACCUUCAUGAAUAUGAUCUAGAUUUAGAAAGAACAUAUGAAAAAACAUUAGAGUAUGCAGACGAUCAGAUACUUGUUAGGUUAUGGGAUACAGUUAAAUCGAGUUGGGAGAGCUAUGUUGAUCAAGCAGAUGGAUUUAUUGUUAUGUACUCAGUAACUUCAGUUAAAAGUGCAUUUAAUGCAAAAAAUAUUAUAAAAUCAAUUCGAUCUUCUUCUGCAACCAGAAACCUUCCAAUUAUGAUGGCUGGAAACAAAGUUGACCUCGAACAUGCAAGAAAAGUCUCUCAACAAGAAAUGAACAAUUUUGCAAAUGCAAAUGAUUGUAUUUUUGAAGAAUUUUCAGUUGCAUGUACAACAUUAAUUGACCCAAUUUUACUAUUGUUACUGAAACAAAUUAUACAAACUAAACGAGACAAAUGUUUGCUAUCCUCGCAACGAGAUUUUACCGGUAGCAAAUCAUCGUUAUCUAAAAACAAGUUUACAAGAUUUCUUUACCGUUGAAAUAUGUUGAUUUGCUUACGCAUUUUCAUGAUUUUAUGAGCAGAUCAUGACUACCAUGGAAGUAUCGGAAAUUCUCAGUAGAUUUUAUGAGCAAUCAUGACUACCAUGGAAAGUAUCGGAAAUUCUCAGUAGAUUUUAUGAGCAGAUCAUGACUACCAUAGAAAGUAUCGGAAAUUCUCAAUAGAUUUUAUGAUCUUUAGUAUUAUCUCAGUAUCAUAGUAAUUAAUUAUCAGAUUUUCACUGC